AUGGCAACGUUGUUUGAUAUAUUGGGUUUUUUAGUACCAUAUAUCAUUCGAAUUAAAACAAUUAUGCAAGAAUUGUGGAUUAAUAGAAUUGAGUGGGAUGAUGCAAUUCCGGUUAGGAUUGCAAACAAUGUUGACCAAUGGUUUCAAGAACUAAACGAUCUCCCAAAAAUAAACAUUCCCAGAUGUUUACAAACAACCUUAACAGUUACAAAUAGGUCAAUUCAUGUUUUUACGGAUGCGUCUUGUAAAGCUUACGGUGCUGUUGCUUACCAACAAUGUUUAUAUGACACAGGAGAAGUGACCUGUGUGAUCAUAAUGUCAAAAGCCCUAGUAAACCCAUUGCAAUCAAUUCGUAUACCAAGAUUUGAGUUACUUGAGCUGUCCUAG